CCCGAGCCUCCCGGCGUUCGUUUUCUUCACCGCCGUCUGCGAGAACCUCCCGAGUGGGAGGGGGUUGGGGAGGGGGGGGCGAGAACCCCAAGAUAGCGAAGGGAUAGCGGGGGUUUUUGUUUUUGUUUUUGUUUUUCUUCCUGUUUUGUUUCCCUCGACGUUGGCAGAGGAAAUUAAUUCCCCGUUUUCUCCCACUGCGCUUUUUCUCGUCGAGACAUCAUGGAGAAAAUGGCCAGACCUCUCGCGAUGAACCCGACCUUCGCGCCGCCGUCUCACGGCGUGCUGAAGUCCCUGCUGGAGAACCCGCUGAAGCUGCCCUUCCACCACGACGGAGGAUUUGUGAAGGACCAGGAGAAGGAGAAGAAGCUGGAGGAUGAGAGCAGCACGGCCAGCCACCCGCAGUCGGCCUUCCUCGGCCCGACGCUGUGGGACAAGACGCUGCCCUACGACGGGGACAACUUCCAGCUGGAGUACAUGGACCUGGAGGAGUUCCUCUCGGAGAACGGCAUCCCCGCCAACGCGGCCCAGGGCGAGCAGGCCCCGCGGGGGGCCGCCACGCCGCCCGCCACCCCGCCGCCGCCGCCGCCGCCCGCCGUGGUGGACCUCAGCAGCCGAGCCACCACCUCGGUGCACGCCGGCAUGGCGCCGCGGACCUGCCUCCGCAGCCCCCCCGCCCCAGCGCUGCCCUCCGCCCGCGACACCCCCAGCCCCAUCGACCCCGAGUCCAUCCAGGUGCCGCUGGCCUACGAGCCCGACCCCCAGGACCUGGCGCUGUCCAGCGUGCCCGGCCAGGAGAUGUUCGACCCCCGCAAACGCAAGUUCUCCGCUGAGGAGCUGAAGCCGCAGCCCAUGAUCAAGAAAGCCCGCAAGGUGUUCAUCCCAGAGGACCUGAAGGACGACAGGUACUGGGCGCGGCGCAGGAAGAACAACGUGGCGGCGAAGCGUUCCCGGGACGCCCGGCGCCUGAAGGAGAACCAGAUCGCCAUCCGGGCCAGCUUCCUGGAGAAGGAGAACGGCGCCCUGCGCAUGGAGGUGGCCGAGGUCAGGAAGGAGCUCGGCCGCUGCAAGAACAUUGUGGCAAAGUACGAGGCCCGGCACGGGCCCCUGUGAGGGGCCCCCCCACCCCAAAGGAAACAACCCAACCACCCCCCCUGUUCUCCCUCAGCCCUCCCUCUCGUUUGAAGGACAACGUGUCUCUUUUUGGUGGAACUGAACCUCCA